AUGCAACCCAUGCAGGCGCUUCAAGGCCAGUCCUCGCCUCCCUUCCAUUCUCCGCAGCCUUCCCAACCCCUGCAACCCUUACAGCCCUCGCAGCCCUCCCAAUCCUCCCAAUUCAACGCGGGCUUCGCUUCCCCCGCUCCCGAAGCAGUGAGUCUCUUCAACGGUCCCUCCUACCGCGCGAUGAAUCCUGCCCGUCCCUCCUCCACCUUCUCCGUCGACUACAUGUUCUCCCCCAACCCCCAAGAGCCCUUCUCUCCUCCCCAGCCUUCCGCUCAGCCCUUCGCACAGCCCUUUGCCCAGCCGACCGUUCCUCCUCCCGCGCCUUCUCUGCUGCCUUCCCGCCCCGCCCAGCUGCCCAGCCUCCUCGGAAAGCCCGCUGAAGCCUCGAAGACGACCAUCGUUCCGCUGAUGAAUCCGGCGCGCGAGCCUCCAGCGCCAGCAUGCGAGCCGCCGACGCCGACGCCGACGCCGACGCAUCGUCGCGGCUUGUCGUCGGUGGUGCGGAACGCAGGCCUGGUGGAGGACGAUUCGAGCGAAGACGAAGUGGACUACGAGUCGCGAAUCGAGAAAUCGGAGAGCCAGGCGGACGAAGCGCUGAAGCGGAAAGUGAUGACGGCGCUGCAGUCGGCGUUGAGCGAUUUGCAGCUGACGGGGAUCCAGAUUCGAUGGUCGGAGAUCGAAGUGGACGAGCGAAUCGGCGUGGGAGGCUUCGCGAUCGUGUACCAUGGAAUGUAUCGCGGGUGCGAAGUGGCCGUGAAGAAGCUGCGCGUUAGCAGAAUGUCUGCGAAGGCGAUCCGCGAUUUCCACUCGGAAGUGGUGCUGAUGCGCGCGCUGCGGCACCCGAACAUCGUGAUUUUUAUGGGGCUGGUGAUGGAUCCGGUGUGUUUGGUCACCGAAUACUGCCACAACGGCAAUCUGUUCGAUCUGCUGCACGACACGGUCGACGAGAACGAGGAGCACUACGCGGUGCAGAUUCCCUGGCAGCGUCGUGUUCGGAUCGCGCUGGACGUGGCGCGCGGAAUGAACUUCCUUCACACCUCCACGCCGAUCAUCAUUCAUCGCGAUUUGAAAUCGCUCAACAUCCUCGUGGAUGAGAAAUGGACCGCGAAGGUCAGCGAUUUCGGCCUUUCUCGCUUCAAGGUACUCGAUGUUUUGCUCUUUUCAUUCUUUUUAUGCGGAACGUAUCAAUGGAUGGCUCCGGAAGUGAUCGGCGGACACAUUUACACAGAAAAGGCCGAUGUGUACUCGUACGGAAUCAAUCUGUGGGAGUUGCUCACUCGGAAAAUCCCGUACGAUGGCAUGCAGCCGAUGCAGGUCGCGAUGAUGGUGCAUACACAUAAGAAGCGAUUGCCAAUUCCAGAUACGUGUCCUGAGUGGUAUGCGACGCUCAUUCGGGAUUGUUGGGAUCAGGAUCCGGAUGCAAGACCUUCGUUUGCAGAGAUCAUUAAGAGAUUGAAGAGAGGAGGACCCGCUCCGACUGUACUGAAUUGA